AUGGUUCACGGACGACGUCACUGUAAUUCCAUCGGCCUACCGACCGGGCCCAUGCUCACAUUUCCUCUCCGCGCAUCGGCAACUGCACCAGAGAGCAAACUCCCAUUCCGAGACCAACCUCCGACUCCGAGCCCAGCUGGGACCCAUCGCCCAUUUGCCCAUGGUCGGUUCUUGCUACCCGGACAGAUGACCACCUGUCUGAUGCGCAGAUUCUCCAGCUCGGCCCGCACACAGCUUCCGCGCUCUGCCAGCACCUCGCUCCCCGCGCCCCGUCUGCUGGGGCUGAAGCGAUGGCGGAGGCAGCUCACCGGCGUACGGCCACGACAGGCCUCGGCGUCGCGCAGCUGGUUCACAAGCACCACGCCAUGCGCCUGCCCGGAGCCCGAUGAGCGCGAGCAGAAGCGCGUCCAAGAGCGCAACCUGAAGCUGGGCAACACGAUCCGAGUGCUCCACGAUCGCCUGCCGACGCUCCUGAUCUCGCCGUUGCCCUCGGACAUACUCUCGCCACACAUCAGCCUGCACCUGUUUCCCUCGACGCACCCGCACCUGCCCACCGUCAGCGGGAGGCUCGCGUACGCAGCCGCGCUCUGGACGGCGCCCGUUGCUUGGGGCCGCGUGCCCGUCGUGGGCAACGUGAAGCUCAAGAUCCUGUCGGAGCGCAUGGUCCAGCACGGCUGCGGGCCGUCGGUGCCGGCGCACACGCGCAACGAAAAGCUCGUCGUCAAGUGGCAGACGUGCGGCAAGUCGGACGAGGAGAACAACAGGCAUGUCAGCGAUGUCUUUGCGCGCGUUACGAACAUCGUCGCCGGCUCACGGCCGCCACACGAGGAGUUUACAGGCGUGUUUGUGUUCGAGUUCGACGACGAGGGCCGCGUCGUCCACCACACCAUCGAGCACACCGACCAAGGCCACGACUGGGACAAGACGAUGCGCUUCAUCAGCGUCACCGACUGGCUGCUGGGCAGAGCAUGGGGCCGGCGGGAAGAGACGCCCAGCCUGGCCUUUGUGCGGUGCGAGAGAGAGAGCGGCCGUUUAUGA